AUGGCAUCAGAAAUCACCUAUGCUGAGGUGAAGUUCAAAAAUGAAUCGCCAGCUCCAGUGGUCAAAGGACCUCCUGAGACAAAGAAGCCUGAGCAACAUCCCCAGAAAUACCCACUCUGGCUGCCAUGGUUGAUCUCACUGCUGCUUCUCUUGGUGUGCAUUGCCCUUAUUGUUGUCCUCCUUGUGGUUCCCUUCUGCCACAGCAGUGACCAGCCCUCAGCCCUGCAGCAGCAGUUCUCGGAGUGGGAGUGCGGCUCAGCGGUGCCACAAGGCACAGACCGAGGCUGGAUGUGCUGCCCAAAGGGCUGGAGAAGGUUUCAAGGAAGCUGCUAUUUCCUGUCCACUGACACCAUGAACUGUGCUGAGAGUGCACGGAACUGCACUGGGAUGGGCUCCCAGCUGGUGGUGAUCACCAGCAAGGCAGAGCAGGAAUUCCUCAUUGAGCAGGGAACUCAGCGUUCGAAAAGAGAUCUUUUCUACAUUGGUCUGUUUGAGGCUGUUGCCAACCAGUGGCAGUGGGUGGACAAGACUCCCUACAAUGUGACAGCAGCGUACUGGCGAGAAGGAGAACCAAGUCCAGACCAUACUGAGAACUGCACAGUAAUGUAUUUGCCUGAAGGGACCCACAACAACUGGAAUGAUGUCAGACCAACUACGACGCAUCAUCGAAUUUGUGAAGCUGCAGCAGUAACUGUGUGA